AUGGAAAAAAAGGAGUUGUUAAUAAUUGACCCCUUGUGUGAUGAGAUCAGAUAUGAAAGGACAUGCCUGAGGAAUUGGAGAAACUUCAUCAAACGAUUAACUAGUAAUUCCUCAUCUGAUUGGAAGAGUAAAAUUGUUCCGCAUCCCAGACAAAGUGAUGGCCACAACUGCGGACCACUCAUCUUAAAGUUUGCAGAAACGUAUUUGCAGCACAAAGACUUCAGUGCGAUAGAAACAACACAAGAGGCUAAUACUGCAUUUAGAAGACAUAUAGCAAUUCUUCUAAUGAAGGAGUCAGAAAGCGUGGAGGACUACUGCAUAUAUUGCAACUGUAUCAACUGUGAAAAAGAAAAUGAGGAUUGCACGAUGGUCCAGUGUGAUUCUUGCAAGAGGUGGGCACAUAUACCCUGCAUUGCAGAAGGAACCAAUCAAGAAAACCUGACAGAUGAGAAGAAAGAGUACAAAUGCAAGAAAUGUGCAUAGUUCACUUCAUUACCCCCCAAAAAACCCCAAUA